AUGAUGAUGAAAAAGUCUAUUGAAAAAUUUUUCAAAAAGAAAGAAGAAGGAGACGUCCUUGAUGCUCAUGCCCUAUCAGGAGUUCCACAGUCUGACCUGAUUCAAAUAGUAAUAAAAUUAGAUACAGAAUUAAAAGAAAAGCUUCGAGAAGUUGAAAGUCUUGACGAAAGCAAAAAACAGGCUAAGCGCGAUUGUUCAAGAAUCGAAGAAGAGCUUAAAUUAUAUAAAACCCAUUGCGAAGAGCUUCAAAACCUCGCUAAGAAGCUAUCAGGAGAAGCUGAAGAUUUUAAAACCUUACUGGAGAGCCGUGCACAAGAAAUUAAAUACUUCAGAGAAAGAAACAAUGAACUUGAAAAACAGUCCAAAGCUUUCGAAGAAGCGAGCAAAACACUUCAAGUCCUAGAAGAAACUCAAAACAAGCUAAGACUUUCUGAAGAGAAAAAUUCAAAACUUCAAGAAGAUGUUGAAAUACUAAAUAAAUGUAAAAAGAAACUUGAAGAAGAUUACAAUUUGGUAUUAGAAUUAUUAGAAACUUCUAACAAGAAAAAAGGAGAAGCGGAAUUAUCGCUAAAAAAAGUACAAGAAGAGUAUGAUAAAAGCAAAAAGAAAUCAAAAACCUUAAGACAAAGUGAUAGAGAAAAUGUUCAGAAAAUAAAAGAUUUAGAAGCUCAAGUUAAAGGAAAGCAGCAAAGAAUUCAAGAACUUGAAGAAGGAUUAAAAAACUCAUCAGCUUCAAUCAGCGAUAAAGUAUCCGUAUACGAUGCUUUACAAAAAGAAUUUAACACGCUGAAAGAAAACUUCGAAAAAGAAAUUAAAGAAAAAAAUGCCAAAAUAAUGCAGCUUGAAACUAAAAUACUAUCAGAAAUCCAACUCGAAGUCUCUCAAAGUACAGCACAUCUUCAGAAAGAAUUGGACGACUAUAAACUAAAAGUGUCUGAGCUUGAAUCUGAAAAGUCUCAACUGUUAAAUGCACAAUCUCAAUUAAAUGCGACAUUAAAAGAAAACCAAAUUACAAUAAAUCAGCUUAAUGAAACCUUAGAAGAAGCUCAAAAAAAAAGACAGCUUGCAAGAGCAGAAGUUCUAAGGCUAAACCAAAAGCUUGAACAAGCUUCUGUAGAGUCUAAGCAGCCAAAUUUAUCUGGAAGAUCUAAUCCAGCUGCUCCUAUAGAUUGAAAAGGGCUUUCUCAAAUGUCAGAAGAAAAUCGUGUAUUAAAUUUGCUCAAAUAUCAAAUGGAUAUACUGUAUAAAUCCCUUAUGACGCUAAUGAUGGAAUCUCAGAGCGUAAGGGAUACGGUCACUAAUGUAAUAAAAUACCAAAUCGCAGCUGAAUCAUUUUCUACGUUUGAAAAAGAUUUAAAUAAAAUUGUAAUGGAUGUCCAUGAAGCAGCAGAAAACCCGAGUUUAAUUUUAGAUAACGGAAAAACUUGGAUGGGAAAAAUUACGAAUAUGAUGCAUUGGACCCAGCCAAGCAAAUUUUUGUCGUGUGUUGUGAAUACAGAGCAAAACGAGCGAAAUAUGGGAAAUAGUAAAGCACCAUCAAAAAAGUCAUUUAAUAGACUUGAUAUGAGCUUUUCAGGUUAA